UAGCAACUGGAUCCACUAGCUCCUUGAGCGUGCGCGUUCAGCUAGCCCCUUGAGCGUGCGCUGCCAUGGAACUCGCCGCUCUGUGCACCGACCCGUUCGUGCUCUCCUGCACCUUCCUCUGCCUCUUACUCCACCUAGCGCUCCGCUCCCUCCACACCACCACCUCGGGCCGCCGGCCACACCCGCCGGGCCCGUCCGGCAUCCCCGUCCUCGGCGCGCUGCCGCUCGUCGGCCCGGCCCCGCACACGGGCCUGGCGUCGCUGGCCCGGAAGCACGGCCCGGUCAUGUACCUGAAGAUGGGCACCUGCGGCGUGGUGGUGGCGUCGUCCCCGGGCGCCGCGCGGACGUUCCUCAAGGCGCUGGACGCCCGGUUCGCGAACCGGCCGGCGAUGGCCAGCGCCGCGGACAUCACGUACGGGUGCCAGAACAUGGUGUUCGCCAACUACGGCGCCAAGUGGAAGCUGAUGCGGAAGCUGUCCAGCGUGCACCUGCUCGGGCCACGCGCGCUGGCCGAUUGGGCGCGCGUGCGCCGCGACGAGGCCGGGCGCGCCGUGCGCGGCAUGGCGGAGUCGGCCCGGGCCGGGCGCCCCGUCGCCGUGGCCGAGCUGCUCGUGUGCGCGCUCGCCAACAUCGUCGGCCAGAUCACCGUCAGCAAGCGGGUCUUCGACGCCCAGGGCGACGAGUCCAACAGCUACAAGGAGAUGAUCGUGUCGCUCCUGACCGGCACGGGCAUGUUCAACAUCAGCGACUUCGUGCCGGCGCUGUCGUGGCUGGACCUGCAGGGCGUGCAGGCCAAGCUGCGCCGGGUGCAUAGCCAGUUCGACGGCCUCAUCACCAAGCUGCUGGCGGAGCACGCCGCCACGGCGCACCAGCGCGCCCGCGAGGGCCGGCUGGACUUCGUCGAUAAGCUCCGCGCCAGCAAUGACCAAGACGAGGAAGGCGAGACCAUCACCGAGGUCAACAUCAAGGGCCUCAUCUUCGACAUGUUCACGGCUGGGACGGACACGUCGUCGAUCAUCGUGGAGUGGGCGAUGGCAGAGAUGCUGAAGAACCCGUCCAUCAUGGCGCGUGCGCAGGAGGAGAUGGACCGCGUCGUGGGCCGGGAGCGCCGCCUCGAGGAGUCCGACAUCGCCAACCUCCCGUACCUCCAGGCCGUCUGCAAGGAGGCCAUGCGGCUGCACCCGUCGACGCCGCUCAGCCUGCCGCACUUCUCCUUCGAGGAGUGCGAGGUGGACGGCUACCGCGUCCCCGCCAACACGCGCCUCCUCAUCAACAUCUGGGCCAUCGGACGGGACCCGUCGGCGUGGGAGGAACCACUGGAGUUCCGGCCCGAGCGGUUCCUGCCGUCCGGCCCCGCGGCCAAGGUCGACCCGAUGGGGAACAACUUCGAGCUCAUCCCGUUCGGUGCCGGGCGGAGGAUCUGCGCCGGGAAGCUGGCCGGGAUGCUGUUCGUGCAGUACUUCCUGGGCACGCUGGUGCAGGGGUUUGAUUGGCGCCUGCCGGACGGCGAGGAGAAGGUGGACAUGGGCGAGACGUUCGGGCUGGCGCUGCCCAAGGCCGUGCCGCUCCGGGCCUUGGUCACCCCAAGGCUCGUGCCGGAUGCUUAUGCUUGAUCUCCAUGCUUGAUGUGCAUGCGUGGACACCGAUGUACGUUUAAUUACCUGGUUUCCGAACAUGCGAGUUGACUUUCUCUUGUGCAUUUUUCAUACUUUUUUUUGUGCAUUUUUCAUACGGAAAGAAGGAAGAAAAUAGUGUUGCUCAUUUUGGGUCAA